UAGAUUAUUUGUGCAAGCUUAUGGUCAAAGCUCAACCCUCUAUAAUGUAUAUAGGAAUGGUCCUCUGCCCACUUAUCAGAUAUAGGCAAAUUGGUUCAUGGUUCCAAAGAAACAAUUUGGUAUUUCUUAAAUAUUUUAGCGACAAUUAUAUUAUAAUGAGCUACAAAACAUAAGAUCUAUGAUAACUAAAUAACGGCUGCCACUAUAAAAUAGCAUAUUUAUUAAACAGGAAAGACUUGGCAGCUAAUAUUAACAGUGGGAUACCAAAUAUUGUAUUUUUAGCGACUAUUGGGUUCCAUGUCAUAUAAGUACUUAUGUUUGAACACAUUUUUUUAGCUAUUAUGUAGGCAACCGUCAACAAAUAUAAAAAAAAUCGCUGGCUAUUAUGACGUAGACUAUUUUUGGUUUCAUUCGAACGAACGCGGUCCUUUAUUUCAUUUAAUCCUCCACUAAUAAAGUUCAAACAUUAGACCAAUAAUAUUUUUUGCAUGUCACAAUUUCUUCCUCCUUGUAAAACACUGGUAAAAAUCUCUGAGAAUUCAAAUUAAAAUAUAGCCAAUAGAAUACAAUAUAAAGUUGCCAGUAUAAACUUAAAAUUCUAUUUUACAGUAACUGCGAACCCAUUACUUAUUCUACUCGUUUUAACUAUUUUUAAAAUCCUAAACAAGAUUAGUUUUUCGCCGCGUGUGCCAUAAACAUGAGGUGCUGCGAUUUCGAUCCCACGGGCUUGUGGUACAAUGACCGGCGCGAAUAUUGAGCGCUGACCUUCACCUGCGCAGAAGUUCGUUUUUGGGUCCCUUUUGCGGUAUGUGAGGCGCAGGGCGAACUGAGUGCAGUGAUUGGCCCGCAGCGCAUCGCGUGAUCGCGUCAUAGCCGUCAGUCGUGAUUCGUUCUUUGCUGCAGUUGUACGUACCCCACGACGCGUACACUUCCGAACAGUUAAUUUGACACCAACUUUAAACGGCAAUGUUUUAAUUAUAUGGUAUAAGAUGUCAAGGAAAAACACUGUUUUAAAUGGACAAGCCAGAAAACUGGUUUACCAUGUACACUGUUUUAUGCAAAAGGAGGCUAAAGAAGGAGUCAGCAAUUUAAAACAAGUUCAAAAAAGAACAGCCGAGGCUACCAACACAUCUGUUGCAACUGUGAGACGUAUUAUAAAAGAAAGUCGCGAAGAUGGGUUUAUGUCUACAUUUAGAACACCAGGAAAAAAGCGACCGAGAGCAAAACCUGUCACGGGUGUUGAUGACUUUGAACAGGGAGUAAUUAGAAGGUGUAUACACAAUUUUCAUAUCACCGAGAAUGAAUUGCCCACUGUAGAAAAAUUGCGAAGAAAACUGCAGCAAGAUAUAAAUUUUCAAGGUUCCGAACGAAGUUUGAGGAGAAUUAUUGAGAUUUUAGGGUUCAAAUGGAAGAAUACGGAAAUUAAUAGGCCAGUGCUGAUAGAGACCUCAAAUAUUCGAUUAAAAAGAAUCGAAUAUUUAAAACGAAUGAGCCGGUAUAGACAUGAAGGAAGGCUUAUAGUAUAUACGGGUGAAUCAUAUAUAGAUUCUUCUCAUUCAACUCCCGCAGCCUCGUCAGAUGAGUCGACUAACAGUAUUAAAAAACCUAUUUCAAAAAGAGAGCGGGUAGUCAUUGUUCAUGCCGCGUCUGAGACAGGUUUUAUUCCAAAUGCAUUACUCACAUUUGUAGCAGGUAUUAAGACAGGCGAUUACAACGACAAUAUGAACUUAGAAAACUAUGAGAAAUGGCUGCGAACUCAGUUAAUUCCAAAUCUGCCACGUAAUUCCGUUGUGGUAGUUGACAACGCUUACUACCAUAACAAACAAGCACCAACAUCAAAUGCCAAAAUAUCGGAACUUCAGGAGUGGUUAACAGAAAAAGGCAUUGAAUAUAGUGAGGAUAUGUUGAAACCUCAGCUAUACGACCUUAUAAAAUCAAACAAGGGCAAGCACAAGAAAUUCAGAAUAGGCAAAAUAUUGUCUGAAUAUAACCAUGACGUAAUACAACUACCUCCGUAUCACAAAGAUCUGAAUCCGAUUGAGAUGGCAUGGGUUGAGAUUAAAGGGUACGUAUCCAGGAAGAACGUUACUUGGACCAUCAAAGGAGUGACUGAAUUAAUUAAAGAAAAUUUGGAAUUAAUGGGUGCAAGCGAGUGGAGUGAGUUAUGCGAAAAAGUAAGAAAUAUUGAAGAGGAGUACAAACGAAGUGAUCGCGUGGUUGAUGCUUUAACAGAAGAAUUGAUUAUUCAGAAUGAAGACUCCGAUGUUGACAGUCAUACAGAUGGUGAUGAUGAUGAUGACGAUGACGAUGAUGAUGAUGAAAAGCCAACUGCCGUUACUAGUUGCUUUGUGAAAUGUGAGUUAAUGGAAGAUGACACACCGUAACGUUUCGUCACUACCUGACGCAUAAUUUUUAAUAUCUUCUAAAAUAUAUUGUUCUAUUUUGUAACAAAAAAGG